AUGUCCUCCGCGUCUCCCACAUACAAUGCCACCAUAACCGCCACUUCAAACCAAAAUUUAAAAACAUCAACCCAAGAUGGGGAAGACCGGUAUCAUUAUAAAUCGUCCUCCGCGACGUUGGCGGAUGAUGAGGGACUGGACUCGGUCCCCAUUCAAGGAGCUACUGAAACUAACCGUGCCUUCAUUACCUCAGACAAGGGCAAGGGCGUUUUCGAGGCGUCGGUCACGAGCUUCCAAGCGAGACGGAUGGAAGGUGGUUCGACAAGGACCCGUGCCGGCCAGAAUAAUAGUGAGUGGCAGGUGGUUACCUCUAAAAGUGGUAAAAAGACCAAGGAUAGAAACAAUAUUGUCGACUCUAGGAGGACCAAUGGAGGCGAACCAGCCUUAGUGCAGAACGCGAAGCUCAAUGUCACUACCAUUGCCCGAAAUGCACGGAAAAAUGACUCAGACCAACAGCAGGAGAGCAGACAAACUCAGUUUGAACCAGACAUGCACCGUUUUACGAGGAAUAUCCCGCUCACGUCUGGAUUGGAUCCGGCGAAGCAUCAGGCGGUUCACGUCGUGGAUGAACCCAACCCACCUAUCCCAAGUGGUUCAAACACAGACCUUCUUGACCCAGGAGACGAAAUGGCAAUUGGGGGCCAGGACCUCACACACAUUCAUGGGCAGCUGUCGGGCCGACUGGACGAAUUCACAAGUGAUGAUCAGAUCAAGCACCAUCUCUGGUUAUUUUCGAAACUCGAAGUCUGUUGCUAUCCUCGUCCGUCGUCCUGGAUGGCAGACGUGCCUCGUUACAUGAGAUCUUGCUUGCAGUCUGGGAAGCUUGCCAUGCUAGCAAUUCUUGUGUCAGGGGGAAUUGUUUUGCAAAUACUGGCAUGCGCUCUAUACAAUAAUUGGUGGCCAAUGUUAACAGUGCUAAUGUAUGUCCUUCUACCAAUGCCUUUAAUCUUCUUUGCCGGGUCCGAUGCUUCUUCUCUCUAUUCCGAGUCAAGCAGUGGAUGGGUAGAUGCAGCUAAGUUCCUUACUGGUGCUUCAGCUGUUGGUAGCAUAGCUAUACCUGUUAUUCUCAAACAUGCAGGAGUCAUUGGUUGGGGAGCAUUAGCCAUGGAGCUUUCAUCCUAUUUCGUGUUCGUCGUGGCCAUCUUAUGUUUCAUGGGGACGAAUGAUGAUGAUGGGUACAAUAAACUAGCCAAGCUUAAACUUGAUGCAGUAUUCAUUUCCUUUAAAGCUUGGUUCUAUAGAGGUUUGAGACGAGCCGAGCUCGAGUAUCAGGAGCCCAAGUGA